UUGAAAGCGAAACAUCUUAUUUGAAGACGAAUUUUUGAUCAGUAAAGUAAUUAAAGCAAAAUUAAACAUUAAUACGAUGUACGGACAUGGUUCUGGUGGCUCAGAAAGAAGAGAAUCUCAAUUCCAUAUAGGUCAACGAGUUUUUGCAAGAGAUCCCAAUUCUAAAUGGCCAAAUGAAUGGUUUAAGGCUAAAAUUUUAGGCGCUCGUAAUAAGUAUUUGAAUGGUAGAGUGGUAAAACAAUAUAAGAUUCAUUACGAAGGUUAUAACAACAAAUUUGACAGCUAUUUGGACGAAGAAAAUAUUAAGCCGAAUACUGAAACAUCCAGCAGAAUUAAACCAGUUGGAAAUUAUGAUUCAUUUUUGCCACAUGAUGCACAAUCAACGCUCAUGAAUCACAGCUACAAUGAAUUUCUACCUUCGUUGCAACCCCUUGCAGAGUCAACGUUAUUACACCACCACCACAACGACAACCAACGAAGAAGAAGAAGAGAUGUUAACCAGAUUUAUAUUCGAAAAUGAAAAAAAUAAAUUGAAAUUAUCAGUUGUGUAACAAAA